UCCCAAUGGCUAGGGCUGAGGCAUUUAACCUGGUGCCACUGAAGGGGGCAGAGCUGGGUUGCUCAAGUGCCCCGCACGCCCCGGCUAGGGCAAGAAACUGCUUCUGCCUUUUCAGGGCGGCUGUUGUCCCGCAGGCUAAGGGCAGGGGCCGGGCUCCAGCAGCAAGUUGCACCCCGGCCAGCAGGGAAGGGAAGGGAAGGGAAGGAAGGGGGUUUGUCUCGUGCCUGUAAACCCCAAGGGACGAUGCUCUCCAGACCCUGGUGUAGCGGGGUGACUCCCCAACUGCUCCUGGUGCUGCUGCUGCCGCCGCAUCUUCCUCAGGUUCGGAGCCACAGGGCUACUGGGCCCCGGUUUUUAAUAAGCGACCGUGACAGAGACCCACAAUGUAACCUCCACUGCUCCAGGUCCCAGUCGAAACCCCUCUGCGCCUCAGAUGGCAGGACUUACGAGUCAAUGUGUGACUACCAGAGAGCCAAAUGCAGGGACUCGGGUCUGAGUGUAGUGCAUCGAGGCAGAUGCAAAGAUGCUGGCCAAAGUAAGUGUCGAUUAGAGAGGGCUCAGGCGCUGGAACAGGCAAAGAAACCCCAGGAAGCGGUCUUCAUUCCAGAAUGCAAUGAGGAUGGAUCAUUCACACAAGUGCAAUGCCAUACCUACACCGGAUACUGUUGGUGUGUCACUCCCGAUGGCAAACCCAUCAGCGGCUCUUCUGUUCAGAAUAAAACUCCUGUAUGUUCAGGUUCAGUAACUGAUAAACCAUCGAGCCAGGGUAACUCGGGGAGGAAAGUUUCUUUUCGGUUCUUUUUAACUCUCAAUUCAGAUGAUGGUUCGAAGCCCACGCCCACUGUGGAGACCCAGCCUAUUUUUGAUGGUGAAGAAAUCACAGCUCCCACACUUUGGAUCAAGCACUUGGUCAUCAAAGAUUCCAAACUGAACAGCUCUAGUAUGAGAAAUUCAGAGAAAGUUCACUCCUGUGACCAGGAGAGACAGAGUGCCUUGGAGGAGGCCAGGCAGAACCCCCGUGAGGGUAUUGUCAUCCCAGAGUGUGCUCCUGGUGGGCUGUACAAACCAGUGCAAUGUCAUCAGUCCACGGGAUACUGCUGGUGCGUCCUGGUGGACACGGGGCGCCCCUUGCCUGGUACUUCUACACGCUAUGAGACCCCAGUGUGUGAAACUGACGCCAGAUCAAAGAGCACAGAGAUUGAUGAUCCAUUCAAGGACCGAGAGCUUCCAGGCUGCCCAGAAGGGAAGAAAGUAGAAUUUAUUACAAGCUUACUGGACGCUCUGACUACGGACAUGGUACAGGCCAUUAACUCAGCCGCACCUGCUGGAGGUGGAAGGUUCUCUGAGCCGGAUCCCAGCCACACACUGGAGGAGCGGGUGGUACAUUGGUACUUCAACCAGCUGGACAACAAUAGCAGCAAUGACAUCAACAAGCGGGAGAUGAAGCCCUUUAAGCGGUAUGUGAAGAAGAAAGCCAAGCCCAAGAAAUGUGCUCGACGCUUCGCCGACUACUGCGACCUCAACAAGGACAAGUCUAUCUCACUGCAGGAGCUGAAGGGGUGCUUGGGAGUCAGCAAGGAAGGAGGUAGUGCUAGCAGUUUCUCCCAUGGAAAAAGACAAGGCAUUAACCCUUUCAUAGGACGCCUGGUCUAGGAGCAGAUAUGAAUAGAAGACAGGAGGCCACCCGAAGGAUGGACAGACGGACACCCGGCUGCAAUGUGGCAUUGGCAACAUCUAGUGUAGCAGAAGUGGCACCCAGAACGUUUGCACUUUUUUUAAUGAUUGGUUAUUUGUUUGUUUUUCUUUAAUGCCAUUAUCUAAUACUUUGGGGGAAGGGGAAUGAGAGCAUGACUUUAAAAAAACAAAAACAUUUGGACAGCUACUGACAACUUAAGUUUCUGAGUUCACGGGGACUCGAAGAGAGAUUUUUAUAUACUGUAUAUAAAUAUAUAUGUAAAUUG